AUGCGUGGUGGUUCGAAGAUAGCUGUGGUUGUGCAAGUUAAGCAUUGCUACUAUUACUACCAAAUCAACCGAUACAUCCCCUCCAGGCAAAGAACCAUGAAACUCAAUCUCGGACUCAUCCUCAUCAUCCCCCAAGCCACCACAAUUCUCUCAACCGCAACUCCUAGAGAAGAAGGUCCCGCAGAUGUCGACGGCAAGUCGCCUCCAGCGAAAGACCUAUUCGCUCCUGAGAGUUGCUGGACUAGAUCACCUUAUGGCUGCUCGGAUAGCAGGUGGUGCUGGAAGCAAUGUGGCCCGAAUGGGGAAUGGUGUUGGCUAGCUAAAAACUGGGGUAAGGGGGAAUGGAAGUCCUGUUCUCAGGUCUCUGAUUGUGUCCCCGGUAGCGACAAUAGUGAUUGUGGUCAGGGGAAUUGCAAGGCAUGUGGUUGCAGUUGUUGA